UCACGUAUAUAUGCGCGACGACUGCAGACGUGCCUCUCGUCCGUAAACAACGUCACAAAGCGCUCUGCUCCGGAGCGAAAAAGGAAGCAGUUUCGUGCGCAGUUCAGUUUCUACCUUGCCCCCGGUUAAAUGGACCCUGGCGCCAAGCAGGUUUCUUUGUAGUUUAGCAAUCAACAGAGAGAAUCACCAAAAUGCUGUGGCGGCUGGCGCACUCGCGCAAAGUCCUCCUGAUUGCCACUCGUCGCUACACACAACGCCAUGACUUGGAGCUGCAGGGCAAGGUCAUGGCAAUUCGCCGGGAGGACCAGUCUGUCUGGGAGAGAAGAGCUCCGCUGUCGCCGUCCAAUGUAAAACAACUCACCAGAGCCGGCGUCAAGGUGAUCGUGCAGCCGUCCAACCGGCGUGCCUACCCGAUGCAGGCGUAUGCGUCGGCCGGGGCGGUCAUCCAGGAGGACAUCUCCGAAGCCAGCGUGGUCUUCGGCGUGAAGCAGGUGCCGGUGGACGCGCUGCUGCCGAACCGCACCUACUGCUUCUUCUCGCACACGAUCAAGGCGCAGGAGGCCAACAUGCCUCUGCUGGACGCCUGCCUCGAGAAGAACAUCCGCCUGAUCGACUACGAAAAGCUGAUGGACGAUCGCGGCCAGAGAGUCGUGGCUUUCGGCAAAUACGCCGGAGUGGCUGGCAUGGUCAACAUUCUGCACGGAUUGGGACUCAGGUUGCUUGCCCUCGGCCACCACACGCCCUUCAUGCACGUCGGGCCGGCACACAACUACAGGAGCUCCUUCAUGGCAAGACAGGCAAUAAGAGAUGCUGGCUACGAAAUUUCUUUGGGCAUGAUGCCAAGGUCAGUUGGGCCGCUGACCUUCAUCUUCACGGGCAGUGGCAACGUCAGCCAAGGAGCGCAAGAAGUAUUCCAAGAGCUACCAUUUGAGUAUGUUACCCCUACCAAUUUGAGGAAGGUUGCUGAACAUGGAGCCACAAACAAAAUUUACGGCUGCGAGGUUAGCCGACACGACCAUUUGGAGCGGAAGGAGGGUGGCGGCGGCUUUGAUGCCAAGGAGUACGACCAGUACCCUGAGAGAUACAUCUCUACCUUCAGCAAAACUAUCGCUCCUUAUGCUUCUGUGAUUGUGAACGGCAUUUACUGGGCUGUCGGGAGUCCAAAACUGCUCACCCUGCCGGACGCCAAACACCUCCUCCGCCCUGCACACACACCCUGGCUGCCCAUUUCGGUGGGGGCGCCCGCCCUGCCGCACCGGAUGCUUGCCAUUUGUGAUAUCUCCGCAGAUCCCGGUGGUUCCAUCGAGUUCAUGAACGAAUGCACAACUAUUGACACGCCGUUCUGCCUCUACGACGCUGACCGCAACAAGGAAACUCAAAGCUUUAAAGGUCCUGGAGUGUUGGUUUGCUCAAUCGACAACAUGCCCACCCAGUUGCCACGAGAGUCGACGGACUUCUUUGGCGACCUGCUGUUGCCCUACGCAAUGGACAUUCUCAAGUCUGACGCCACUGCGCCUUUAGAGACGCAUAACUUAUCUAAUACUGUGCACAAUGCCAUAAUAGCGAGUAAUGGGGCGCUGACCCCCAAUUUCAAGUACAUUCAGGAUCUCCGCAAUGCAAACACGUGCAGGAGCAGGCACAAGUCGUCUAUAGACAUAGAAGAGUCGGCCAAGAGGGUGGUCAUCCUGGGCGCAGGCUUCGUCAGCGGACCUGUGGUCGAAUAUCUAAGCAGGGAGAAGAACAUUAAAAUCACCCUGGCUUCCGCCCUGAAGGACGAGGCCGAUGAAGUGGCUGCAAAGCACGGUGGCAACUCGGUGGAGCCGGUCCUCCUGGACGUGGUCGAGCGACCCGACAUGCUGGACGACCUGGUCAAGUCAGCCGACCUGGUCAUCUCGCUGCUGCCGUACGGCUUGCACCCGAAGGUGGCGCAGAGCUGCAUCGACUCGGGCACCCACAUGGUCACCGCCAGCUACUGCAGUCCUCAGCUGCAGGAGCUGCACGACAGGGCCGUCGAGAAGGGCGUCACCAUCGUGCACGAGGUGGGACUCGACCCUGGGCUCGACCACCUGCUCGCCCUCGAGUGCUUCAACGAGGUCAAGCAGGCCGGAGGAAAGGUUGAGUCUUUCAUUUCGUACUGCGGAGGGCUGCCUGCACCUGAAUUCUCCGACAACCCUCUCAGAUACAAAUUUUCAUGGUCACCUAGAGGCGUUCUGUUGAACACCCUGAGUGGAGCCAAGUAUCUCAGAAAUGGAAAGCACAUUGAAGUACCUUCUGGUGGCGCCCUGAUGGACGCUGUUGAGCAGCUGGACUUCCUGCCUGGCUUCGCCCUGGAGGGCUUCCCCAACCGGGACUCUACCCACUACAAAAAUCUCUACGGCCUGUCUGGCGCCCACACCAUGUUCAGGGGCACUCUCAGGUUCACCGGCUUCACCAACUCCAUGAAGGGGCUGCAGGCGUUGGGUCUUCUUGGACUCGAGCACCACCCUGCCCUUCACCCCAACGGCCCUGAAAUCACCUGGCGCCAACUGGUGACCACCCUGAUGGAGCUGCCACAGAUCGACAUUUUCUAUGAAAACCUGAAGACGGCGAUUUUCGAGAGAGUAGGCCGCUCUCACCACAGACUGGAGGCGGUUGAGCGGCUCGGUCUUUUGUCUGAUGACCUAGUGCUCAAGAAGGAAACGCCAAUUGAUACGCUCAGUCACUUUUUGGCCAAAAAGUUGCAGCUAGAAAAAGAUGAAAGAGAUAUAGUUAUUCUUCGUCACGAAAUCGGCAUCUUGUGGCCUGACGGCAAAAGAGAGAUCAGAGGCAUCAACGUGGUUUCGUACGGAGAUGCUGGAGGCUACUCUGCCAUGUCGAAAACCGUUGGCUACCCAGCUGCAAUUGCCGCGAAAAUGGUUCUCGAUGGUGAAAUUCAAACGAGAGGAAACGUGCUGCCUUUCUCGCAAGACAUCUAUUUGACCAUGCUGAGCCGCCUGAAACAAGAGGGUCUGGAAGCGACAGAGCAGUCCUUCUGGCUCUAAAUCUCACAAAUUCCAAUCAAUUUUUACAUUUCGUGUUCGUACACAAUUCUGUUGCCAUAUUUUUCUAUGUAUUUUGAAUAUUGUAAGUGUAAAAUAAAUAAUCUUUUUGAAAUUUUAAUAAGAGAAAA